UCAUUGUCGAUUAACAUAUGGUUACUGAGAGUAUCUGAAACCUCAAUGGUUCUUGGAAGUGUUACUGAUGGUUUGUCCUUCGCACUUUCUUCAUUCUGUUUCCAAUUCCUUUUUUCAACCAAUUUCGUUGGUAAUACUGGAUGCUUAAAGCCAAUUGGGGCAUCGGUUGGCAAGAGUCUCAAUUGAUCAAGAUGCCCUUGCUAGGCUACAACCUCAAUUGAUCAUGGGCAAUCUAUGCGGCUGCAUGAAAGUUGACCAAUCCACGGUUGCUAUCAAGGAGAAGUUCGGCAAGUUUGAUGAUGUACUUGAGCCCGGAUUCCAUUGCGUACCUUGGUGCCUCGGAAGCCGGGUGGCUGGUCAUCUCUCUCUUCGGGUGCAGCAGUUGGAUGUUCGUUGCGAGACCAAGACAAAGGACAAUGUAUUUGUCAAUGUCGUAGCGUCUAUCCAGUACCGUGCCCUUGCUGACAAGGCAAAUGAAGCUUUCUACAAACUCAGCAACACACGGAGCCAAAUCCAAGCCUACGUUUUUGAUGUGAUUAGGGCAUAUGUUCCGAAGCUCAAUUUGGAUAACACUUUUGAGCAAAAGAAAGACAUAGCCAAAGCUGUUGAAGAUGAACUUGAGAAGGCAAUGUCUGCCUACGGAUAUGAGAUAGUCCAGACACUGAUUGUUGAUAUAGAACCAGAUGAGCAUGUCAAGCGGGCAAUGAACGAGAUCAAUGCUGCUGCAAGGAUGAGGGUUGCGGCUAAUGACAAGGCAGAGGCUGAGAAGAUUCUACAAAUCAAGCGAGCCGAAGGUGAGGCGGAGUCAAAGUACCUUGCAGGAUUGGGUAUCGCUCGCCAACGCCAAGCAAUAGUGGACGGUUUGAGAGACAGUGUGCUAGGCUUCUCAGUCAAUGUUCCAGGAACCACUGCAAAGGAUGUCAUGGACAUGGUCUUAGUCACCCAGUACUUCGACACCAUGAAGGAAAUCGGUGCUGCCUCCAAAUCCUCUGCUGUUUUCAUUCCCCACGGGCCCGGUGCCGUACGCGACGUUGCCACUCAGAUCCGCGACGGGCUUCUUCAAGCCUCUUCUCAGCAUUAGUUGCUCAUUACUCUUCUGAGAGAAGGAUCGGGUUCAAAAAAGGAAUUUUUUCAUUUUUCAUUUUUAUUUUUAUUUUUAUUUUUUUCUCUAUUUUGGUGAAUAAGGAAUUUGUGUUUUCAAGUUGUUGGACUUGUUUUGGUUUGGUAAUUAACACGCAUGUAUUUUGUUUACAGUGUUUAUAAGACACAUAUAAAUUAAUCA